ACGCAGAAGAGGACGCACGCGGGGCAUUCGCAUGGACAUGGACAUCACCACCAUCAUGCUGACAAUGCCUAUCUUACGAGCACAAACAAGAAUGACCCGGGCGUACGAAUCACUCGCGUGGGGCUUUAUGUCAAUCUUGGAAUGGCCAUUGCCAAAGGUGCUGGUGGAUACGUUUUCAACUCCAAGGCCUUGACAGCUGAUGCUGUACAUUCCUUGACCGAUCUCAUUUCAGACAUCACCACUCUCGCUACCAUCUCGUGGUCUCUCAAGCCAGCAACAUCCAAAUACCCCAUGGGAUACGGGAAAAUCGAGUCCUUGGGUGCUCUUGCCGUCUCCUGUAUCUUAUUAGGCGGAGGCAUUGGAAUUGGCCUGCAAGCUGUUUUGGCACUGAGCCAGCAGUUCUUUCCCCAAAUUCAUGAGGUCCUUUCGCAUCUCGGAUUCCUGGCCCAUUCCCACUCGCAUGACCACGAUCAUGGGCAUGGUCACAUCGACGUAGGACCAAACAUCAAUGCAGCAUGGCUAGCUGCAGCAUCGAUCGUGAUCAAGGAGUGGCUGUAUCGAGCGACCAUGAAAAUUGCCGAGGAGAAACGCAGCAGUGAUCUUGCUGACAUGCGCCAGGCAUACCAUCAUCGCGUAGACAGUCUUACUGCUUUCGUAGCUUUGUUCACCAUCGUUGCAAGCAACUUCAUGGAAGGUGCACGAUGGCUGGAUCCAGUCGGCGGCCUCAUAAUCAGCGGUAUGAUAGUCCAAGCUGGCUGGGGUAAUACCAUGUCUGCGCUUUACGAGCUUGCAGACAAGGGCAUGGAUGAAGAGCUUAGAGAGAAGGCAGAGACCACUGCUGUUGCUGCUCUCGAGAGCUAUAAGCUUGUUCAGAUUCGUGGAGUACAGGGCAUCAAGUCCGGCCAGAACCUCAUGUUCGAGAUCGAGAUUGGUGUACCCAAGGACUGGACCGUCGCACAUACUCAAGAUGUGGAACAAUUGGUACGAGAUGCCAUUGCAAACAAGGUCCGAGGUACCAAGCGCGUUACGAUGAGAUUUACGACAAGUCAGAACGCCGCCUUCUCGGAUGAAUUUGUGACGCGCGAUAACGACACGAACAUCGAGGAGGAUCACGAUCACGACCAUGAUGACGCGCAUGCAAAUGGACAUUCCCAGGAGCACGCCAAUGGCGCAACGAAGAAGAGAAAGUGAGCUCCGAAGGGUUCUGCUUCGUUCGUGAUGAGAAGUGCUAGACGCCGGGCCGUAAAUACACAUCCUUUGGAGCACACGCCAGUGCAUGGUUGACGAGGCUGUGAAUAGCGAUAGCAUUUGCCAUCUGGCCUCGGAUUCCGGGUCGAAAUUCUAGCUAAGGUCUUGGUGGCUUGGUUGAAAAGCUCAAUUGGAUGGUCAAGCUUCGUCUGUCGGACAGGAUAUAUAGUUCCUCAAACAACCGCUUCUCCGGUACAACGUAG